UCCCUAACCACUGAGAUAUGUGCCUAGGGAAGGAGUUCAGGGACCACGGGACCAGAGCGUGUGGCCGUGGCAUCAUCCUCAUCCCCACCGACGCCCAGCACACAACCGGCGUCCAGAAACUGACGCUGAACGCAAAGGAAUCAAUGAAUGGCCUGCUGGGGCAGCGCGGGGCGCGGGACCAGGCCUCGGUGCCGGAAAAGACCGCGAGAGGCCGCGCGCCAGGCCAGGAGAGGGGUCGGGAGGGGAGAGCGGGGGUCCGGCUCCGCCACGGUCAGCGUGUGGAGACUCCCGGACCUUUCUUGCGACUAGGGGCAGAAGCCGCUGGACUGGGGGCCCGGAUCUGGGAGCUAGAAAACAGGCUGAGACAGACAUCCGGGCGCAACCUCUCACCGCUGCCGUUGCCAGGCUGUGCAUGUUUGGAGCCGCCGCCGCUCUCCUUCCGCCGGACGCACCGAACCCCGCGUCCCAGCUUCAGCGGCUCUGCAGCCGAAGAUGAAGAGCGGCCAUCCGCCUCCGGCUCGCUCCGCCCCCUUCGCCGCCCUUUGACCUCUCACCUCGGACCUUCCGCCCACGCAACCCUUUCCCGCCUCCUGGACCUCGGCCUAGCCAACAAACCCAAGUAUGUUCUUUGAACCUUCAGAUUCAGGAUCAAAAUGACUUCUGCAGACUACUGGGCCUCGUAACCCCCCAGCAUCGCAGGUCUAUCCCCUGAGAAACGUGAACUCUGACUUUCUUCCGAAGACCAGAGAAGGGCGGGAAAAGGCCAGCGGUCUUGGAAGGACACGAAUUGCGCAUGCUCAGCCAGACAUUACUCGCUAAAAGGGAGUGUAAUUUUUGUCGUGCAUUUGGUUGCUACCCGUAUCUAGCCAUGACACUGACGAUGUCCAGUUUACCAAUUUUAAAUCAAGAUCUGGCAAAAAAGAAAAAGGUAAUUGGUAAUAAAGUUCUGUGUCGUUG